AUGGACGGUGACCCGGCUGUCGAGCCAGAGGUCGAUGCCUUUAGUCUUAUUCUGCCACUCCCUUACAGGGUCGCGAUUAUAAUUGUCUUCGGAAUCUGGGGUUGGGGCUUAAACUUGCAUUAUCUGCACCUUAUUAAGAUUGAUGUCCCAGCGCUCAUUCGAUACCCUGCUCGUCAAUCGCAUCACCAUGUUCUUCACCACCACUCGACGUACCGACUUGCUACGAUCCUUACGGUCCCUUUGGUCGGCUCUCUUCUUUUGUUCUGGACUGUUACUCAACGUUCCAAACAAGCCGCUCUCUCCUGGCAAAUUCUUCCGCAGUCUUACCUCCUGUUCCUCACGUUAUGCUUUAUCCUACCAUUUAAGCGCAUGUCGCGCUCGGGUCGCCUACACUUUCUCCGUACAUUGAAAAGAGUCAGUCUGGGCGGGUUGGCAGAAGUUCAAGAUGGGAAAUUCGGCGACAUUCUGCUGGCCGAUGUCCUGACGAGUUAUGCAAAAGUGCUGGGAGACCUGUUUGUGUCCACGUGUAUGCUGUUCUCCAGGAACACAGCCAGCACAGCCAAGCCGGAUCGUGGGUGUGGCGGUGCAUAUCUGGUUCCGUUAAUCAUCAGCAUCCCCAGCAUGAUUCGGUUGAGACAAUGUCUGAUCGAGUAUUUUCGGGUUCGAAGGAACCGUAUGGCUUCGACGGGCUGGGGGGGACAACAUUUGGCAAACGCUCUCAAAUAUGCUAGCGCGUUUCCUGUCAUCAUACUGAGCGCUUCGCAACGUGGUUAUGACCCCAAAAAGUUUCACACCAGCGAAGCUGGAUUGUUUAGACUAUGGCUGCUUUUUGUCUUCAUCAAUUCCUUUUACUCCUUCUACUGGGACGUGGCUAAGGAUUGGGAUCUGUCUCUCUUUUCCUCCAGCAAAGAGAGGAACAAUCCUGAACAUCCAUAUGGCCUGAGGCGCCACCGGUAUUUUCAUGCCAAGGAGGUGUACUAUACGGCGAUAAUCAUCGAUCUAGCUUUACGGUGCACCUGGAGUUUCAAGCUUUCGCCGCAUUUGGAUCAUUUUAACGACCUGGAAGGAGGCAUCUUUUUGAUGGAGUUGCUGGAGGUUAUUCGCAGAUGGAUGUGGAUUUUCCUCCGGGUUGAGACUGAAUGGAUACGCAACAACCGCGGGCCUGCACCGGAUGACAUUCUGUUGGGAGAAUUUGCUGGCAAGAUAGAUGAUGACUGA